CACAUUAUGAUCUCAUUGCUUUUCUCUAGUCGAGAGAAGCUUUGCAACCUUAACAAUUUCCCUUUCCUUUUUCUAUUCAACCGAAGGAAAUGAAAGGAGAUUUGGGGAACUUUGCAGCGGCAGUAAAAUUGGAAGAAAUGAAGAAAUGUUUGUUCAACUCUUGCAUUUGUGGGUCGAACCAGCAAAGGAGAAUAACCAAAGGAACAGCUGCACAUCAGUGGGAGAAUUUGAAGAAAUCCAAGGGAUUCUACCAAGAAUAGUAUUGGGCUUUGUGAGGUUGCUUAAAAUCAAUGGUAUGAUACCUGAGCUAAUGGCUAGGUAAGAUACUCCUAAAGUUACCUGGAGUAAAGAAUGAUGAUGCUUCUAAUGAAUUUAGAGUAAAGAAAUAAGACAUCAAGAAAGAUACUUGAGCUAUUGAGCUAGGUAGAACCCAAUUGGAUUGGGUGCGUGAAGAAAGAUAUCUAGAUCCA